CAUGGUGUCAUGCAUUUGUGUGUUUUCCCUCAGGCGUGUAAAUGGCAGAGGAUGUACAACGGGAUGUAUCCCAGCACCCCGUUCAUCAACCUCUACGACACGAAGAAGGACGUCGGAAGCAGAGAAAAGUGGAUCGUGUCGAAGGUUAAAGAACUGAAGAAAAGCGGCUUUCUUCUGGCCAGCUCUCAGACCCCUCUCACUCCAGGACCGCCAAAGAAGAAACAGAAAGUCGGCUAUCACAACAGCUACCACCAGGCGAACCACACGCCUCGCCAGAGCCCCAACACCCACAAACCCAACCACCUCUUUUUUAAGGACAGCGACGUCUUCGGGGCCGCAGCGCCCAAAACCAAAAAGAACAAUAAGCACAAGCAACAAGAAAGCAAUGUGAAAACAUGGAAACCCAAGAGACCGGUUCCCACCUCCAAAGACCCUCUCCCAGCGGCUAAAGUCUUCGUGGAUGAAGCGGAGGACUUUCCCAGAGGUGGAGGCAAAGGCAAGGAUAUACAGAAGACGAGGAAGAGGGCGAAGAACAGGAAGCACGCUCCUUCAGCGCCAUCAGAAGUGCACAGAGAGGGCAGGCCGGACCGUCUCCAUUGGACUGUGACCGGGGAGAUGCAGGAUUCGGCGUCGAAGCAGCACAAGGGGAAGAAGAACAAGAAGAAUCGUCAAAAAGCGAAGAACCGCGCAGAUGUACACCCGACGGAUGAGAACCUGUUCAUCAUCAAACAGAGGAAACAUAGCAGAUAGCGGCGGUUCGUGUGAGGCGGAGGCGUCUGCAGAACCCGUACACAAAGCUUGCGUUCAUGACGUUACGGGAUGUCUCAGACAUUAUGCAGACUCAGGUCUUAGUUGGAGAUGCCAGUGCUGCUUUGAGGGGUUCAUCGGACUUUCUUUUUAUUACUGAAGAUGUUUUGACACAGUAGGAAAAGCAUAGACGUAAAUAAUGAAAUGAAUGAAGGCUGAAUGUUUCAGGGUCCUGGCGUCGUGCACGACCGACUCCCUGUCAUGCUGUCGGGGCCUUACUGGGGCACAUAAUUCAGUGCUAAAAAGUACGUAACUUUGAAAGAUAUCUACUUGAUUUGUCGAACUCAGACCGCUGAAGUAUCCUAUUAGCUUCAGAUAAACUUCUGAAUACAGUUUUGCUCAAAAUGACCUAUUUUCGAUCUUUUAAUGUCCAGUAUGAACAGAAGGGAUUUAAGAAAAAUUGUGAAGCUAUCCUUUCAAUGUUAUUAUUUCCACUUGUGAUUUUCCUACAAUGAGGAGUCAAAAUGUCUGCUGAGGAAAGAAAGCUGCUUUUAUUCAGUCUUAAGUCAUCUCCACAGUUCUAACGGGCAGCGGCAAAUUAUUUAGUUGCCUUAACUUAUCAGUUAUCAGUAAAUGGUUUAUUAAGUCAUGCUUAAGAUGAUCAAAUGAUGUCCUUAUCAUGUUCUCUCAUUUCGUUGUUCACAUAAUUUGAAUUAAAAACAGACUCUGAUCUUUGAAGUAGAAUUAGAUCAUUUCCUAGUGCCUCUGCUUUCCCAAAGAAAGGGGGAUCUUUUUUCCAAAUACUCUUGGAAAUGGUCCGUUUUUCAUUUAGAACUGAAGAGAUGCCCUUUUUUUUUCUACACUACAUUUGUAAAUGAUCUAAAUAUAUGAACAUAUGGUAAAUACCUCUAUUACACAUGUUUGAUGCAACUCUGCAGGAAGUUAUGAUCUGGAUAGAAUGCAUCACUGAUGGUAUUGACCCUUUCAACCAUCCACUACAUCAAUUCAGUGAACAUGAUUAAAGAAAAGAGGUUGAGAUGUUUCCUUGAUAACAUGAAUACUGGCUGCCUGAAGUCUCUGUGAUAAAUACAACUUGAGUGCUCUGUCGUGACUUCUUAUUUCCUUCAUUCAGGAAGAGAAGUUUGUGUGAUUAAUAUAAAACCUGUUCACACAGGGUUUUUUUUAAAGAUACUCCAUAAUUAUUUACAUUGCAUUUGUGAUGCAAUUUAUAUUGAUGAUACAUUAAAAUCAUUUGGUUGCAGCACCAUAACGAUCACAUGGGGAAGGUAUGUGCUGUCAAUGCCACCAGUAAUGGCCAAAAAUAAUGAAGAUUGUUAAAAUGCCAAUCUUUCUCACAUUUUAUAAACCAAAUAAAAGUAAAUAAAAAAAUAAUUUUCUGCUCAAAAUGUUCCUGACUAUGACUGCAUACAAUAUGAAGUAGUUUCCCUGUACAUUACUGUACAGGGAAACUAGAGUUUUGCUGACACAUUCAACUGUUUAGGAUGACCAUCUAAACACUGAGGGCAAUUUUCCUUUCUCAAUCCAAACUAAAUUGUAAAGUUGGCCACCCUGUAGUGUUAAGUGGCAUAAAAAAGGACAUAAUACAGUGAAAGUACAACAAAGUGAAGUACUGCAGUAAACACAGUACUUGAUUAAAUGUAUGCAAUAACUGAACUACGUUAUUAAACUUCCCACCUGUUGGAAACAGUCAGCGACGUAAUCCGUAAUUUCGACAUUUGCGUCAACCAGUGAAUGCAACAGAUGAGAAGUUCGUGACGCGUUACGUCGCUCCGCCCCGCCCGCUGUGGACAGCUCGAGUGGUCACGUUUUUACAGCUGCAGUUCUCGACCUGUGCUGUCAAAGGCUUCCGCGUGAGCGUGCUCGCCUCGUGUGACCAUCAGUUAGUAAGCUUCUGACAGCGUCUCGGCUCUGCAAAGAAGGGAAAUGGAGAACGGUUUGUCCUCAACGGGGGACACCAUGCUGGACCAGGCUGUCAGCCAGUGGCUGCAGUACGACAAGAACCCUAAGACA